AGUAUCAAAGUACACAAACAGAGCCAGCCGUUGACGUCAGGAUGCGGUGGAUUAGUUUGAUACUCGCCUGUGCAGUGCUGUCAACGACAUUUGCUGAACCGGACCCAAAGAAAUAUAAACCAGACACAGUAACGAAGAACAAAAACUCAAACUCAAGUUUAACAGACGAAGAAAGAAAAUUUUUAAGAGAAGUAGAAGCUAAAUUUGGUGUUAAAUCAGAUGUAUUGCCUGAAAUAAAAAAAGUUAAUGAAGAAAAGAAUAAGACUGAAACAAAAUCGGAACCGUCAAUAAAACCACCAUUUCCAGCUGUUAUAGCUAUAGAAAUAGUCAAUGAUACAGAAUCAAAGCCAAAAAAUGGGAAGCGAACAAUCGACGCUAACCUUGGUUAUGGAUAUAGGACCAAUAACGGGUAUACAUACUCUUAUUUGGGGCGCCCAGGUCAAGAGAAAGGCAAGUUUAUGAUAUACCCAUAUUCACAAGAAGAUAUUCCGCCAGCGCGUCCUAAUCAAUAUUCCCACCAAUCUUCAGGAUCCUACACUUCAUCGUCUCCACAAUCUCCUAAUGUAGAAAUUCAACCUUCAAAAGCGUAUGAACUGGUUGAAAUGAAAGAUGAACCGCAGCCUUAUCAGUACAACAGGCCAACUGAACAAAGACUUAAUUAUGAUAUAAAAGGACUCGUCACACCUCCAGCGUAUACCCCUCAAAGUCAUCAACAACCUAUCCAGGCUCCACCAACUACCUUGUAUACAACCUAUAAUGGUGAACGGCUCUCUGGCCUAAGCGGACAAUUUCCAAUGGUUAUGCCAAAUUACUUUGUAGAUCCAUCACAAUUGCUAAAGUAUCCUCAGUUCCAAAGCGCAGGAUUAUCACAGGAUCAUUUACGCUCUUCGGGUUCACCAGUACAGCAAAAGGUUGUGCCUGUCUUAGUACUUAGAAUCCCAAGUUCAUAUAUCAAAAAUCCAUCAGCUGAGCUAUAUGCUAAUCUACCGCAAAAUUACCCCUUAUCUCAAUAUUUAAAUCAAGUUAAUUUACAAGAAUUAGUUAACAAUUAUUUCAAGAAAAUUGGUUACUCUUUUGCACCUCAAGUUAUGGCAUAUCAGAGACCGCUUUUAGCAGAUGCUGUAUCAACGCCAGUGACGCAAUAUGAACCACAACAUUAUUCUGCUCCAUACAUUAAUCCAUCAUAUACUCAAUCAGAUUAUUCUGGGGUUCAGUAUUCUGCUGUAAAACCAGUAAUGGCUAGGUAUCCUUUGAGUUAUACUCGCCCUCAAUACUAUAUUCCUUCCGCUCAGACGGCUUAUCAACAGCCUGCUCAACAAUAUCAAUAUACUUACCAAUACGUACCUAAUACGUCAAGUCAACAGACGUAUUAUAUUCAACCACAAUCACAACAGACUGAGCAAGAGCAUCAAACUGAACAAGUUUCUCAGCAAACACAUGUUCAAGAUACAGCUAAUCAAGUAGAAUAUGUGUCUCAACAAGAAGUUCAUGUCACUACUGCGGCUCCCUCACUCGAAUACGGGACACCUGAAACGCCAACUGAAUCCGAACAUAAUUCUGUUGAAUCUGUAGCUCCUCAAUACGAGGCAGCACAUGCUUCUACCCAAGAAUAUGGAACACCAAAAGCCGAAAAUGUGGAAUACGCUUCAAAGGAACCAGCAGUUGAAUAUACUGGCCCUACGAGGGUAAACAUACCAGUUGCGUACACUACUCAGGGUCAUCACGAUACUAUUGCUGUAUAUCCUUCGCAGGCUGGUCAUAUUCCCCGUCAUUAUAGCUCACAAGCCGAUCUUGGAGCACAAUAUUAUUAUCAAGGCCAAUCACCUGCAAGUCAUCAAAAUAGCAACUUAGUAUUAACUGAAAACUACCCAAGUAAAGACCACACUAUUGCUACAGUUUUACCUUACAGUUAUAAACAAGCAGCGAAAUCUAAUGCGGGCGCUGUCCAAUCGGUUAGUUACGUUACACCAAUGCCAUUUUCUUCUAAAUAUCAGUCGCAAUACAGAAUAAUGGUGCCACAGAUGGUUUUUAAGAAUCCUAGUAGUGAGAAGGUAGCUUAUGUUAAUUCUCACUCGCUACCGUAUAGCCAAAAUAGUCAGGAACAUAAUCCUGAGGCAGAAUAUACUGUGCCAUCUCACUACAGUCCUCCUGUUGGAAGACAAAGACCGCCUUCUUACCCUAAAAAUUAUCAUUCUACUCCGAAAAGAAUGGUUAAACCUCAAGAUAAAUCAGAUAACGUGUCGCCGAAGAAACAAGUAGAAAGAUCUGAAAAGGAGGCGUAAUUUUAAUUGGUAUUUAUGUUAAUUUUGUAAAUAUUAAUGUAAGCGGAGAUAAAAGUAAGCUUUGCUAUGUUGGUCAUCACACGAAGUUAUGGUAAAAUAAAAUUACAGAAAUCCUUGAGCUUAAAAAGAGAUUUGAAAGUAACAAAUAAAAUGAUGAUGGAAGUAAAUUUAAGGUUGUUACUGAAGCGUACAACAUAGAGUAGGAAUUUAAAAAACCUCCUUUACAUCGAGUAGAUAUACAAUCAUAUUUUUUUAAAAUACAGUAUACCUGUCUUCGUACCACGUACUUUAGUGAGUAAAAGUUUAAUACAACAAUUUUACUAUUUGUUACCUAAAUUAUGCUUGCCUUAAAUAUUGAUCUUAUGAAUUGUUAUUUAUUUCUUAGCCGGAAGAGGCUGUAUAG